AUGGCCUUGGAGGCAGACAGCGACAGAGGUUCAUCAAGAAGCGCUCAUGAAAAAUAUCCCCGGGCAGCGUUGGAGCGCAACGGCUACGUGAAGACAUGUGUCACCCCGUUGCACCAGGACGCAGGGAGCCAGUCGUGGCUGAGACUCGCCGUGACAUGGACUUGCCGAGGAGUGUCGUCUGCGGUCUGCGUUGCCUCCGUCUCCGUUAUUCUCGCUCUGCUGCUCAGAUUGGUCGACUGGGAUGCAGGCAGCAGCAGCAGCAGCAGCAGCAACGGAAAUAGCAGCGGCUCCGGUUCUCGUCUUCAUUUCGCGGCGGGCUGCGCUGUGGAGCUGCUUUUGACCGCUUGUUACUGCGUCUCCCCCGUUUUUACACUCGUAUGUGCCUUCUUCUGGGUCGGACUGUAUCUGAUUCGCUGCGGGGUGCUCAUCCGCACCGCGAUUUUUUUGUUAGCAGUGUGCCACUUGGGAGAAGCCGCGGCGCAGUCCCUCCUGCGCGGCGCCGAGGAGCAGCUGCUGUCCCUCCCCGCAACCCUGGUAGUCCUCGGCUGCCUGGGCAGCGGGGCUCUGCUGGUCGUCCGGCUGCGUCAGGGAGUGUCCAUCCUCGUCUUCAUUAGCGUCAUCAGGGCCGUCUCCCUCGUCUCUCUGAGCAGAGUCCGGGCCAACUGGAGACCCUACCUGGCCUACCUGCUGGGGCUGCUGGGGGUUUUGCUUGCGAGUUAUGCUGACCGGCUCCUGCCGGCCUCAGGGACCAGCGGGACGGGGUGCUGUGGCUCUGUGACCGGGGCGAAGGAGGAGGACAUCCCUGUCUUCAAAAGGAGACGGAGGUCCAGCUCCAUAGCGGCCUCGGAAAUGAUGGCUCACAGUCAGAGCAACAGCAAGUCCCACCGCAGGACUUCGCUGCCUUGCAUUCCGCGGGACCAGACUAUGUGCCAGCCAGAAUGGGACUACAAGAGAGCUCUGAGCAGAUCGCAGUCUUCAGGCACCAGCGUGGUAGUGGACAUCGCGGUGAUGGGUGAGGCACACGGUCUGAUCUCAGACCUGCUGGCAGACCCCUCGCUGCCCCCUAACACCUGCAGCUCUCUGAAGGCCGUCAGCAACCUCCUCAGCACUCAGAUCAGCCUCCAGCCACUCCACCGGCCUCGUGUCCCUGCAGACACACACACCUACUCUGACUCCGAGGACGGGCCGGAAAAAGCAGAGAGACUGGCCAUUCCAAAGCGUCUAAGACGGAGUCUGCCCCCAGGAUUACUUAGGAGAAUCUCAUCAACUUGGACUACAACCACCUCAGCUACGGGGCUGCCCACCAUCGAGCCAGGCCCUGUACGCCGAGACCGCUCAGCCAGCAUCAAACACACCACAGAAAGUGAGUCAUGGAACCAUUCAGUGAUGAUGACCAUCUCAAAGAGUCGGUCCAUGUCCUGUGCUGCCACCGUCACCUCCAACCACCUCUACAGCAAACCACUGGGAAGACCAGGUUUCCCCCCCUCCAACGUAUCACCUCUGGGCUCUCCGUGCCCAUCUCCUCCCGUCCAGGGCACGCCUGUCUCCAGCCCUACCAUCAAGACAUGUUCAGUGCAGCUUCCUGAGCCGGCUGGGCCCCUGACGGAGCGGACCCCUGGCUCUGUGGCUCCCAAGAGCCACCACAGAGCCUUAACUCACAGCCAGAGCGCCCCGAGCUCCACCACCCCUCACUGGCGGCCUCCUUCACUCUGCGGCAGCUGUGGCAGGCCAUUCAACAAUCGACUAAACCACGGGGUAGAAUCUGUCGACAAAAUGGACAGAAUACCCCAUCCAGAUGAGCGUGCUGUACUUUCUUCAGACUAUGACAGCACCUACGACAGCACCUACGAGACCAACCACAGUGACAGCAGCGACUUUGCACAGAAUGAAGAGGAGGGAGAGGGAAACAAAAAGCCGCCUGAAGCAAGGGAAGGUUGCAGGGAGUAUCUGGCGGAGGGCAUCGUUCUUCAACCACUCCUGCCAUCACCAGAGGACAAGCCAAUCUCGGCUGUGGAGCCUGUGAUGACAUCAGCGCUGGAGCCUCUGAUGAGUCAACUCAACAACUGGAACUUUCCCAUUUUCAGGCUAGUGGAGAAGACCGAUGGCAAGACAGGCUCCAUCCUCAGUCAGGUUUCCUAUAAGCUCUUUGAGGACACAGGUCUGUUUGAGACCUUUAGAAUUCCCGUACAAGAGUUCAUGAACUACUUCCAUGCUUUGGAGAACGGAUACAGGGUCAUCCCUUAUCACAACCGGAUCCAUGCCACUGAUGUGCUACAUGCUGUUUGGUUCCUCACCACUCAGCCUGUGCCAGGCCUGCCCACCCUGCUGACUGAGAAUGGGAUACACACUGACGCAGAGAAUGGCAUAACACCUGGUGCCACAGGCUUCCUGGUGUCUAAGAUGAACUCUGUGCUGGAGGACGGCUAUGGCUCCCUGGCUGGCCUUAUACCUGGCCUGGAGCUCAUGGCCCUGUAUGUAGCUGCUGCCAUGCACGACUAUGACCAUCCAGGAAGAACCAACGCCUUUCUAGUAGCUACCAGUGCACCACAGGCUCUUCUGUACAACGAUCGUUCAGUCUUGGAAAAUCACCAUGCAGCUGCAGCGUGGAACCUCUUCAUGUCUCGACCUGAGUUUAACUUCCUGGCUAAUCUUGAACAUGUGGAGUUCAAGCGCUUCCGCUUCCUGGUCAUUGAAGCCAUCCUGGCCACCGACCUCAAAAAGCACUUUGACUUUCUUGCAGAGUUUAAUGCAAAGGUGGGCGAUGAAGGGGUGGCUGGUAUUGAUUGGACCAACGAAAACGAUCGAUUGCUGGUGUGCCAGAUGUGCAUCAAGCUGGCUGAUGUCAAUGGACCGCUGAAGUGUAAGGAGCUGCACCUGCAGUGGACAGAGGGGAUCGUCAAUGAGUUCUACGAACAAGGUGACGAGGAAGCAAGCCUGGGCCUUCCCAUCAGCCCAUUCAUGGACCGAUCUGCUCCACAGCUUGCUAAACUACAGGAGUCAUUCAUCACUCACAUAGUGGGGCCUCUGUGCUCCUCCUACGCCUCUGCUGCUCUUAUGCCAGGACACUGGGUUGAUCCACCUGAGGGGGAGACGGAGUCAGAAGAGGCAAAGGAGGGACAAGACACAGAAGAGGAAGAGGAGGAUACUGCAGAUGAGGAAGCCUCAACAGGUUCUGACACCUCCCAGCUGCAACAAACCAAAAAGGUGAGCAGGAGGAAAGUGUUUUGCCAGAUCACGCAGCAUAUUCUGGAAAACCAUGAAAUGUGGAAAAGAGUAAUCGCUGCAGAAGUCCAGGAGGAGGCUCAGAAAGAGGACCCGAAGUGCAUCAGCAGCCCCACAGAUCCAAUCACAGCCAUUCACGAGGAAGAGGAGGAGCAAGCAAGCAAAGAGGAUGAUUCGACUGAUGGCCUUGAUGAAAGGGAAGAGGUGCCGGCUAUAGAGGAAGAAGAAAUCCUUUCGCAAUCAGAACCUUCAGGGGAAAAUGAGGAGGAGCCAGAGUGAUAUUAUGAGCUUUGACCUCCUCUUAAAACCAGGAUUCUGAACGUUGUCUAAACAUAUUUGUUUCUUUCCUAACUAAACUCUUGAUAUGGUAGCCAGCACAUCACUUUGACACAACACUGUAGAAGAUGUUUUGGGUAAUAUGUGCCUAACAAAAACUGGGUUUGAGGACAGGGAUGAUGCAUGCCCAGUUCAUCUGAGAGAGGUGAGAUGAGCAAAACAUGGCGUGACUGAGGAGUAGAAGAUGAAAAACAAAAAGAGAAUGAUUGGGACUUUACUUGUCUUUGCUGUAGUGUUUGUUUUAGUCUGGAUCUGCUGCCCUGCCCUCACCCAGACUGCCCAACCUGCACUACGGGCCAUACCACGCCAAUUCACAGAUUCACUCCACCAGUGAGUAAUACACUGUCACGAGCCCCGCUCCACCCUUCUUAGUGCUCCCAUGCUGGCUGAGGAUGUGCAACAAGCCCCCUCUCCUUGAAGACAAUGGGAUGAAAGCCAGGGAAAAAGCUGUGUCCUCUGAGGCUAGACGGGUGGAUUUCGGAGGGAGAUGGAAAGAAAGGGACAGUUGUAGUACAUUGUGUAUACAGCCAUACAGCCACACUCUCUCACACACACACACACACACACACACACACACACACACAAACACACACACCCACAAUGCUACUGUAGAAACACAUUCCAUACUCAGAACAGAUAGGAAGUCAAACAAAGAGGUCCUGUUGCUCUAAAAGCUUUAUUCUCGCUCAAGGAAAAACAUACAAAACAAGGUUUUGUUCAUGUAAAACAAUGUUUGUCAGCAUGUUUUUUCCCUGUCUUUUGUUACUCAGUAAGUCCAGCACACCUACACGUUUCCAGGCCACACAACUCAGGAAGGCAGAAACCCGUAGAGAAAAAGAAUCAAAUAGGACUCGCAGUUUCCUUCUCUUUGCCACUGCUUUAAGAGUUUCUUUCUCUGCUGCUUGCGAUGCUAUUAUUUCACAGAUGUCCACAGAGACAUGCUGUUGCAGAUCACAAAGGUACCACAAGGAAAACAAAGUUAUUGACGAUGUUAUACUCUGUAUCACAAUUCUAUUUUAUUUAUUUUGUGCUCUCUCAGUGUCAGCCUCCAAUUGGUUCUUGUACAAAGCAGCUGCUCACACUGUUAAUCACAUCCAAACUAACUUACAAGACACAAGACUAACUGGUAAGGUAAUGUGCUUUGUUAAGGAAAUGUCAUUUGUGUCUAUGCCACUUCCCAACUUGUUUUCUUUACAGUAAUGUACUCACUAAUGACAAGAAUUCUUUCUUCUUUGCAGUAUCAUUUAUAGGCCGGUAUGUAGGCCAAAUGUUUCAGAAAGUGAAGUAAUCCAGUAAGCCAUAGUGGCUCGAGCCAGAGCUGACGUACAGCUCUCAAAUCACCCAAGAGGAUUUACUUCAAUGAGACAUAGAAAGAAAACCCUGUGGCUCCUAUUGCCAUCCAGGGGGUGCUGUGCACCCACAACAAAUUGUCUAAAAAUCUCAAUUAGAUUAAAUCAUUCAAUCAUUUUUGUUGUUGCACAAAGAGGCAAAGAAAGUUAUGUAGAAAAAAUGAUAUCAGCUAUUUCUGAGUAAUGGAACCCAUGGACUUUAAAAAAAGGUAAAGAAAAACGAAACAAAAAACAGAAAAAGAGUCUCAGCUGCAGAAAUGUGUAAUGAUAAUUAAUAUAUAUAUGAUGUUAAUAAUUAAGUCCAGUCAAGACAAUUUCAGGAUUGGCUGCAAAGGCUGCUAGUGUUUUUUGCCGACUCUGAUUCUGCGUAUUGAUUCCAAAAUGGUUAACAACAACAAAAAAAAGAGGUCAAAUCUUCAUAUACCAAAAAUAUCUUUAUUCUUUCAAGCGUUAACUAAACAUUCACAAAGUAAAUAAUAUUUACUAUUUGCUAGUCCAUUACAUGGUCUGUCAGUCAUACUGUUGUGACGUUAGCCAUGCAUGCUAGCUUGUAUCGCAUGUAGUCACAUAGACAGGUCCUGGCAGAUAGCUACAUCCUUGCAGAUAUGUAGCCUUUGUUUGCAGUAAUAUAGGUUUAUGGCAUUUAGGGACCUAUAAGAACCACAAUUGUGUUCUUUCUAACAAAUACUCGCUACUUGGCAUUUUGGAUAUGAUUCCAGUUUGGAUAUGAUUUUUGGCUCCCAGCUGUAAAUGCGGCUGUCUCUAAUCUUCUGUGAUACUGUCAGGGUUUUUUUUAUUUUUUACCUACACUAAGGAAAUCAAAAUAUUUUGUAAAUGUAGUCUAUCCUUAAUGAGAGCAAAUAUAAAAGAGAUCUAAGAAUAAGAGAUGUAAGAAUUUUACAUGACAGAGAUGUGCUUUGACAAAAGCUGUCAUUGAAGAUGAUGUCUACGUUCUGCGAUAGAUUAAAAGGAAGUUCCACUGAUAUCUGAUCUUAGGUCAGCAGACCUCUGGAUUUUUUUCUCCAUUUAUUGUCCUUAAUAAUGACUUAGCAUAUGGCGUCACAGGCCGUGUCUCCCCUUUGAUGUCCUCAGAGAUUCAGAUUGGUGAUGAAUUUGAAUGUGAUGUGAACAAGGAGAACAGCCUUAGUAAUGAGACUUAGUAAUGAAACAGGAAGGAGGAGAGGGAGAAGCCUGUUGGCUUGACUUGUAGCUGCUUAUGAAGGGUCAGAUGGGGCUCAGAUCUUUUUCACAUUUAAGUAGAUUCCUCUAGAUGUAACUCUUUGAAGAUGAGCCAGUUCAGUCGGAUUCAUCAUCAUCAUGUGGAUCAUCAAUCAUGUGAUGAUCCACAUAUCCAAAGUGUGCAAUACGGUAGAGUGUAUUUGAUCUGGCAUUGGGAAAGGAACAGGCGAACAGAACCAGAGACUGAAGGCGGCUUUGUGUCCUCACUGAGGGUACCAAUCUGUAGCAAGUACUUGUAGAAUUGCAAAGUGAACAGUGACACAUUUUGAUACACGUGAAGGACCUUCUUAGAUUUUGAUAGCACUUUUUUGAGAAGCUGCCUGAGACUUAAGGCAGGCUCAAGAGUGGAGGUGGACUUGGAUAGGUAAGUCAGAGUCAGCAGUGUGUGGUUAUAUCUGCAGCGGCACUAGUUGUCAGAGGCAUUUAAGCAGCAUUGAUAAGUCAUUUUGCUUCAGUUUUGUAGCAGGUAUGGGAAAUUUGCGGUUGCAGAAUUUCCUUCCUGAAUGAGUAGCUGAGGUGAACGAGGUGACACACAAUGCUUACUUGGAUUCAGUCUCACGUGCUGGUGAGUUCUUGGGUGAGGGCCGAUCACAAGAGAAAAACAUUACCAGGAAAAGGAAACUAAGCAAUCUGUUUAACAGGUUUGUUUGCAGACACUGUCUACAUUUUUACUGGCUGAACUUGCCCUACUGUGACCCAAUUUCUUAACUCAAUUAGAGUUUUGCUAAUGUUAAUACUGUCUAAAUCCUCAGCUGUAUCCAUUGCACUGUUAUCAAAACGCCCAUUGUGCAGAGGAGAGCUAAACUGUGCAACGUAAUGCCCUUGAAUGCUUAUUCCAUGUACUUACAAAAGGAUGCAGUGGUUGAGCUUGUUUUUACUGCAAGGAAAAAGAAAGUCUGUGCUAACCAAAGCCUGAGCUUAUUGUUUGUGUUUCAGUUCUAGUUGAGAGGAGAGCUAAGGCAAGUUUAUUUUCAACAAUAAGUGCUUUACACAAGACAUAAAAGGCAUUAAGGAAAUACAAGGCAAUAUAAAAAGACACAUUAAAAUAGGAUUUAAAAGAGUAAAAUAAAAUGGAAGAUGACAAUGAAAGCGGCAAACAGAAAAGUCUGAAGCUCUGAUUCAAAAUAACAAAGAGUUGGAGCAGUUUUCCGUAAGUUUGCUCCAGGUAUAUGAUGUUUAAAAAGUGAAUGCUGCUUCUUCGAGUUUAGUUUUGACUCUCGGAACAGUAAGCGGACCUGUCCCAGGCCAGCUGAGAGAGCUAGGUGGUUCAUAAUGGAGCAGCAGAUCAGAAGUGUAUUUGGUCCUGAACCAUUCAGAGCUUUAUAAACCAACAGAAGUAUUUUAGAGUCCAUUAUUUGACGCACAGGAAGCCAGUGCAAAGAUCUGAAAACUACACUGAUGUGGUCUCUCCUGGCGUUGUGAAUCAGCUGUAGCUGUCAGAUUCACUUUCAGAGAGACCUUUAAGGACAGUGUUACAGUGGUUGAGCCUACUGAAGAUAAGCGCUGAAAGACAUUUUUCUAAAUCCUGCUGAGACAUACGUUGUUUAAUUCUUGAUGUAUUCUUAAGGUGCUCAUAGGCUGCCCUAAAGUGGUUUUUAAAACUAAGGUCCAUGACUACGCCAAGAUAUCUGGUUUUGUUUGUGGUUUCAGAGAUUUUAAUGGAAACUAUUGCAGAUAUUUAAAUAGUUAACCUUUAUUUUGAAAAACUUUCUCUUUACAAACUGCAAAGGAAUUAAUUAAAAGCGAAACAACCCUCCCACACUGGUGAAAAUUAGAUCGGAAGCACUGGAUAAGUACGUAAUGAAAGAAGAUUAUGUUGCUCGGGACCAUAAAAAAGAAAAAGCAAAGAGAUCCCUGAAACAUUAUGUUUCUAAACCCCAGCUCAGACCAAACAUUCAUGACAGGACAAAACCAUUUUAGCAGUGUGACCUGGCCCAUCUCAGGUUGACUCAAGUUGGCUGACGGUGUUUCCUGUGACUCAGCUUCUCAAGUUGCCAGUGGCUGGUUUUGCACCGUAAGGCUCGUCACUAGUUUUCAACCGCCAAUGAGCUUGUAGCAAGAUCAGCUGGUCAAGUCAGUUACAGAUUUUCAGGUGGUCAAAAUGGCGGAGUUUUAGACAGAGUAAGGAAAGGAUCACCUCAUCGAUUUAUUUGAGGAGCAGCCCGUUCUGUAUAACAUUGUUGAAUUUGACCUGUUUUUCUUGGGAACAAUGAAAAAAAUAUGAGAUCUCCUGUUGCAGCACCAAUGGAUAGCUCCAAUUCUUGACCCUCUUGGUUUUUUAAUGUUCCUGCCAUUUCAUCACUACUAGAAAUGCAACGGUAGCGUGCCACUCUAUUACUAUCCUCAUUCAUAUUUUAAGACACUGUAAAAUUACAUCCAACUACAACAAAAGUCUGAAAAGCCAGAAGUUAGAACGGAGGCACAGAAGGUCUUUGCUACCAAGACGAAUCACCAUCUCGUCACCAUCUUGGCUUUGAAGCCAUUUUUUGUAGUGGUAAACACUGGAAUUACAAAAUUCUGAGUCCGUCACGUGAUGCUGUAGGGCACAAAAAGACUUGUUUUCCACUCUUGCUGUAUGGCCCAAUGAUGCCAAAGAGUUGCUGAUCAUCUGGGUAAUUUUACACACAGCAGUUGAACAUUUUUAGCUUCAUGUGCCACUGAGCAGCUUUUAUAGGAAUGAAUGGAGUCCCUCCUCCAGCACUGUAUCCAGUUCUCCUUAUACAUCCAUGGUGUAAACUAGCAGGUGUCAGAGUGAUGUAGACCAGCGCAUUGCAGGUUUCAAUUUGUUUCACUGCGAAUUUGUGGUCUGAACUGGGCUUUACCUGCCAACACAAAUGUUGGAUGCAGUUAGAUUUAUCCAAGUCCCCUCCUGGACCAAAUGUCUUCCAAUAGCCUCUCCUUGCGUUGGCUUGUCAUGAUAAGUCUACCAGUAGCAGCGAUCUGUAAACACCAGCUGAUACAUGACUGAUCUGCACGUCUGUGGGUCACUACAGCAUUGACUGGGGUCUUUUAGUUGAGCAUUUUCUAAGCUUUGUACAGCAACGUAGCUUUCAACCUUCAGUUAUUCUAAAAAUAAGCAAGACUGUAAAAAGCUCAGCAAGCCGCCUGUACACAACAGGCGUUUGAGCACACAUGAAUGAGCUUGAGCUCCAUGCACUGUAAAUACCCAACGCACCGUACAGUAUAUUGAUGCCUCACUUGCAAUCUAAUGUGCAUUGCAAUGGAUUUUCUCUCAAACACUUUUCUCACCUUUGUACCAUCCCAUACUCCAUCUCUGUGUUUGGGAAUUUGUAGCAUCUCAUACUCCCUUCUCUUUAUUUUCUCGAAUUGUAUGGGAUCCGAGAAUACAAAGCUCACUAGGGAUCCAGUUGGUCAAAAUAGAUGCUUCCCUCCUCUGAUUUCCCCUUCCAGCCUGCCUCACUGUGUACACUACAGUGCAGCAAUCAAAGAGACUUAAUCAAAGCUGUGAUAGACUAUGGGGUCGCUAUUUUUGCCGUGAACAAUCCAAGCUGUGUGUAGCCAUUUAGGGGUUUUUUUGAGACAUAUUGUAAGGGGGCGGUCAGCUGGUUGGUUGCUUCAGUCUUUUAAGAACAGGUUUCAGUUCUUUUUGCAGCAAAAUGAAAGGACCAUACCAGUGUUUCUGCAAGUUCUUUGCUUCUUGAAUUCAAACCAGGGUUUUCAUCCAUUUUUCUUAAGUAUAAAAAUAUAUUAGCACAACCCAUCUCAGUGAUCAUUUGUCUGGAUUAAUUUGUGUCGUUUUGCAAUUUAAGUAAAGAUAAAUUUAAAAACUCUGCACUGCAUUACUUGAGAACGUUGGGGGGAUUUAAGUACUCAAACAAGUUUCAAGAGCGUGCUUAUAGAUUUUCAUGUUGUGAUAAAUGAAUAGCAACCAGUGCAUGCCUGGAACAGCUGAUGAAAUACAUCCAAACUUGUGAAACACGCAUUGUCACAAAGGUCACUUGUAUUGUUAAAUGUAAGUGGUUUAGUAAAUGGGCCUAAGACAUGUUGGACCGCUGGUAUGGAUCCAGUUUACAGUGACUUAACACUAGUUUGAAAGCAGUGGUUUCACCUCCGACCAGACGCUGCAUCAGUGUCAUGGGAGAUGUUUUCUUUGUUGCAUCUGUAACCACACCUAGUAGUGGUAAUAGUAAUGUCACUGUGUAAUGACACACCCCAGAAUACACUUGCUGGCCUGGCUUGACUUGGUUUGACUCAGCACAUCAGCUCAGCGUUGCAGAUUUACAUCUCCAUACAAUAGAGCUACCCGCUUGAAGGUAUCUUAUACUGAUGACACACUUGUGCUUGUGAACCAACAGAACGUUUUUCUGUCUGCCACGCUUGUGUUCCUGUGUUCAACAACUUUCUUGUACUGUUGUCAGAGUUUUUGAAUUUUCCCUCUGCACUGCAUGAACAUACGCCGGAUACCCAUCUCCUGCCUGCUAAAAUCCUGACAAAAUCCAUCUGUCAUCACCGCAACUAGCUUUAAGGUGGUCAGGCGUGCUUUGGCUCAACAAGAUGGUCCAUCUUGCGCAUCACUCGCCACAAAUAAGCACGUUUUAACUGGUAAUGAAAACACAAAUCAACGGAGCUUGAUCUGACUUGGCAUGUCCAAAAGUGCCGAUAGGAAAGCCCUACUGUUCUGUACAUCCGUUGCCAGAUAUCAGACAGAAUUGUGAGCUUGUUAAAUUCCAUUUCCGUCCUCAGUCUGAUAUUAUGUCCACUCUGACUGAUUUUCGUAAAGGAGGUUGAUAUGAUUUUCCCUAGCUGAUCACUAGAGACCCACAUAUCCAUCUGAAUCUUACGUCAUUUUGGCAUAGCCAUGCCAAAAUACUUGUUUUGCUGGGGUUUUAGAAGCACAGUAAAACUAACUCCAAUGUCGGUCGAUAUUGUAAAGACAAACAGCCUCCAUAGCAGCGUCUAUCUUGUCUCUAGCGCUUCUCAUUGUUGGUAUAACUCCUUAUUGGUCUUGGCACACUGCUCGACAAAAGCCUGACAACAUUAGUCCCACCCGUGGUCCUGAUUGGCUAAUCAAGUCCCACCGUGGUGCUCAUUGGUAGUUUUUUAUUUUAACCGAGAAACCGCUGUGUCAGAGGAAUAAGUCAACUCAAACUCGGUGAAGUGCGCGGGUUUAAAGGUCUGGACCCAGGCAAGUACAUCCCUGUAGCAAGGUGAAAAGUUAAAUCACUAGAGGUCAGCAAAAACGAGAUUUUCAGAGGGUGUUUAAGUUGCUCUCGAAGUUCAUGAGAAUCCCCUUCUUUUGGUCCCUGGUAAUAUAAUAACUACCUGCUGGCUCUAUGAAUUCUGUAUUUUCAUCCUAGGUAAAGAUUCUUGGUCACAAAAGCAUGAAAGCUCAUGUCAUCUGUUUUGUUUUGGUCUGAGUCUUCUUGGCAACAUGGCCCAGUGGUUUGUAGCAGGCAAUUGCAUUCAUAAAUUUCACCACUAAAGCAACAAAAGUACAGGGUCUUCAACUUCAUUAUGUCCGUUUGUCAAAGCCAGUAACAGUGGUUUCUUUUAAGUGACGAUGAGAGGAAGGGGGUUGCUGCACACUGGAUUAACUUGUGCAAACCAAAGACACUUUUUGAACUCUGUGUUUUUUUGUGAUUUGCACAAAAUGAGCCCUAAAAGGAGCAUGUUUCUUGCAUCUUCUUAUUUGUCAGUGUUAUCCAGAACCUGGACGAGGAUGUCUGGAUAUGCUUAUCCUUUGUAACACUUCUCAUGUGAGGACAGGACAGGUUAAAGCAACAUAAGAACCAUCUUAGCAUUGAUACAACAGGCCGGAGCUCACGGCGUUGUCCACACGUCUUUGCUGUCUGUUAUUACUUCACUGCCGUGUCAAUAGGCAGCAGUAGCACUACAGUGGACCUGAGCAACCGUUCUGUUCUCAGACUGAAGCCCUUGUAGUUUCUUUUGAUGGUCUGAACCAAAAACAUUCCUUUUUUGUAUUGUUUGUUGUUUCAGCCAUUUUAAAAGGCUCUGCUCCUGUGCCAUACCAUUUUCACAUGUAUGUACAUUGUUUGAAUGCUACAUUUAUCAGCUUUCCUUGUUUGUCACAAAGGAAACCAAAACAAACUUUCUUUUUUUCCACCACCUUUAAAGCAAGACAAACAAGACUGGUAUGUUUUUAUUUUCUGUAGCGGGCGCUUCACAGACUCAAUUAUUUUCUUCUCUCCAGUAUCUUGCACUUAACACAUGUAGCAAUACCUACAGGAUGGGGAAAUUGUAUGAUUCACCAGUAUUUGUUUAAGUGAAAUAUGACAUUUUAUUUCUAGAUAUUGUUUGACUUUGUAUAAAAAAAAUAUAUACUGUACAGAUUCAAAAGUAUAUUAUAACAAAAAACUUUUAGAAAAAAUAUUUAUUUUUACUGUUUUGUAAUUUAGACACAAUACUGUAGCUCCUCUAUUGCCAGACUUACUGGAAGUGCCUCUCGAUAAUGUAUUACAAAGUAACUAUACAAUAUAUUGGGAUUAUUAGAACCUGUCACUAGCAGAGCAGUGUUGAUGUUGUAAUGUGAAUAUUGUUGAAUAAUAAGAUUUAUAAAUGCUG